CAUACAGCACACACACACACACACAAGCCCAUCACUCAAACCCACAAUAUAUAAGCCUGCAAGACAGAGCAUGCCUGCAAGGCUCAUUGUAAUCUGAGAGACAGAAACAGAGCGACAAGAGAGAGGGACACAAACACAGAGGGAGGACAGAAAAAGAUAUAGAGCACAAACAAAAAGAAUCUCAGCAGAGUGAGAGAUAUAGAGAGAGUGAGAGAGAAAGAAGAGACCAGUCAAGACAAAGGGAAGACUGACAGCGGGAGGAGGGAAACUCCUGCCUCCUAAGGACAUUUUUGGGGUUUAUUGAGGGCAGUAAAGGACCAUUUAAAACACUGAUCAAAACUGCUCCUUCUCCCUCCUCUGCUACUCUUCCGCUCCUGGCUUCCUCUCGCACACGGACUCUCGCCCCUGCUCCAUCCAUCGUCCCGCUCCACCGUCCCGCUCCAGCCCUCAAUGAGUGGGACCAACUCCUCUGCCUACCGAUCAGAGCGCAGUUUCCACCAGGCGUCCUCUUCCUCGUCCUCCUCUUCCUCCAAGCCCUACAUGGAGAAGAGCCGGGGGAUGUUUGCGGAGGAUUUCGGGUCCUUCAUGCGCCCCCCGCUCGAGGGCGCGUUGGGAUUCUCAGGUCACUCGGGGACAGCGGGAAACAUCAGGACCGUCGGCGAUACGUACCAGUUCACCGUGGACGUCCGCGACUUCUCCCCCGAAGACGUGAUCGUCACGACCUCCAACAAUCAGAUUGAAGUGCGCGCUGAAAAGAUGGCAACGGAUGGUACGGUGAUGAACACGUUCACCCACAAGUGCCAGCUGCCGAACGACGUGGACCCCACCUCUGUGACGUCAUCGCUGGGGGGUGACGGAACCCUGACGAUCAAGGCUCGCAGGCAUCCGGCGAAGCUUGAGCACGCUCAGACCUUCCGCACCGAAAUCAAGAUCUGAGCCACGGCGGGACGCUCCUCUCCUCUCCUCUCCGGAACAUCAGGCAUUCCCCGUGUCACCCUGUUAUUUACGCUGCGUCUCCCUGCUUAUUCUUCAGCAGCCUCCUCAUCAUCCUCCUCCUCCUCUAUGCCUCUGUUCCUCAGCUGCUCUGUUGUGUUUCCUACAAGACUACAUUUCCCACAACUGCUCCUGAAAGUCGGGCCUUUCCUGAAGACCCUGAUAUUUCUUGUCAUGUGCACUUUUAACAUACCCUCUAGAAAAAGUGUGACGUGUGUUAAGUGAAAUAUUAAAAACAGUAGAAAAUUUCACAUUAUUUAUACUACCAGAACUGUUUCGCAGAAGUGAAUUUGAAGACUUGAAGAACUGUUGAAAGACUAAUAUUUCAGUUAUCAAAUCCUUCUAAGAGGAUUAUAUAAUAAACAAUAUCUCCAAUGAUUUGGAGCUGAUAUCUUCACUGUAGAUUAUAAAUCCAGAAAGCUUCUCCAGUGGGAGGCUGUGUGUAAGAAUCAAUCUUAAUUUAAUUCUUGACAUCUGUUCAUUCUGAUUCACUCAGAUGUGGAGAAGCUCUUCUUUUGACUAUUUAUGCACAUACACACACACACACACACACACGUGCAGGCACACGCACGUACAAACACACACACACACACAGGCACACAUUACAGACCAGCCAAAACACCCCGUUUGUAAAUAACCCCUUCCAAUGUACCAAAGACAUAUUAGGAUAUUAUUUUAUAGGCUCAAACUGUAUUGAAAUAUAUAAGACAGCAGAUGUAAAUUCCCUAGUCAAUCAUAUCCCUUCACUACAAAAUAUUAAACUAUGUUUUAUUUUAAAUGCCGUAUUGUAAAUAGUAAAAAAUACUAAAUUGUGAUUAAACAUUUAAAUAUGGUUACACUUAA